UUUUCCCGGCCAGCACUGAGCGCUCUCAUUACGAGCGACGCGUCAUUGAACUCCUAGCCAACCUGCAGCUGUAAAGUGAAAACUAUCCUAUAUACUUUAAAACUUCUAAAGCUUGCGACGUCUGAUUCAUAACAACUCGAGUACGUUUAUUUUCCUUUAAAAACAUCCUAACGUGCUCGAAGAAGAGAACAGCUGGAGGCUUUUUACGGAAGCCGGUGUUACUUUGUUAAACAUGGCUGACGACUUCGGUUUUUCCGACAACGGAGUUCAUGUGGAGGAGGACCCGGCCGCGGAGUUUCUCGCCCAGCAGCAGAAUGAGAUCGCGGUGAUCGAAAACGACGACGCCGGGUUCGGCGAGCUGGAUGACGGCGGACCUCCGCCCGCUGAGUCGGACACGUACACGUCUUUCGGAGGUGAUUUUGGAGGAACAACGUCUGUGAACGGAGAUAUGUUCCAGGACGCCAAUAGCACAAACGACAGCUACUCAGCCAUUGCCCAAGUUGACAUUCAGAGGCAGGAACCAGAAAGCUUGCGCAAAUGGAGGGAGGAACAAAGGGAUCGGCUGGAACAAUUAGAUUCAGCUGCUAAGGCAGCUGAGGCCGUGUGGAGAGAGAAAGCCCAGAAGGAACUAGAGGAUUGGCAUGUACACCAGAAAGAACAGAUGGAGAAAAACAAAUCCAACAACAGGAUGGCUGAUAAGACUUUCAACAAACAGCCCAACUCUGAUGACAUAGGCUUUGUAGAGUCCGAAACUGCUUUUCUGAACGAGGUUGAUGACGACAGCCCGGGCACAGAAUGGGAGAAAGUGGCCCGUCUUUGUGACUUCAACCCCAAAACCAGCCGCCAGACUAAAGACGUGUCUCGGAUGCGCUCGGUGCUCAUUUCUCUGAAACAGAUGCCUCUGGUUCGCUAAAACAUCUCCCUCUCGUGAUUUACUGGCUUUCUUUUUCUUUCCCUCCUGCACUUUAUUUUAAUUAAGCUGGACAUCUAAAAGAGUAAAGUUUUUUUUAGAAAGUGUACAAUUUAGUGUAUUUAAACUUCAUAUUUAUGUACCCUGAUGUUUUAUGGGAAUUUAGUUUGGCUAUUCUACAUUUUCAGGAAUUUUAUACACAAAAAAAUUCAAGUGUGCCUCCAACUUUAAAAAAAACGAUAAUUUGUUUAUCACAUUAAUCCAAAGGGCCAUUGUUUUUUUUUAAGUGUCAGAAUUAUAUUAUUCCAGUGAUUGUUUUCACUUUUCAGUUUACUAAAUAGUGAUUGUAGUGACAUUUACGUUACCCACAAAUCUCCAGACAGCCUUUAUUUAAGUUUUUUUCCUGUGGUGGCCCGUUAAAUGAGAAAUCAAGGUGUUUUGUUUCUUAAUAUGGAUGCAGGUUAGUUUGCGCUUCUCUUUUUAUGAAGUGUGUAGUUUUUUUUUUACUUCAUAAACUCUACUUAAAUCAGUAUCCAGGUUUGGUAUUAUCUGCUUUUGUGUAUUUCAGCUCACUGUUGAGAGGGAAUUAGUUAUUUUCAUAAACCUGCUACGUUUCAUUUUUUUGGUUAUAAUUUUACAUCACUUUUCAUCAUGAUGGGAUUUCAAGUUAUGCAUGUAAUGUUUGGUUUUAUGUCUGAAGUGACCGUAAUUGUCAAGAUCAAAUUCACAGCAUUUAUAAUGCAUGGUUGUAUCACUCUGUGAAUAUAACUUUGGACAACAUAGAUGUUUACAUUACUUAUAUUUACUACAUGUUCUUAGCAGAUUUCUCUGGCGAUAUACAUUAGGGACAAAUAAUACCAAGUUUGAACCACAUCUUUUGUAAAAUGUAGUGUUUUGAAUGUAAUGUGGCCUAAGUCUAAUACAGCAAUGAAUACCGUGCCUGAACAUUUUUUGCUUACUGUGGGACUUAAUGUCUGGCCUUUAUCACUCAAUCUGCGAAGAUCUGACAGGGCUAGAAAAGGAUAGCACAUAAAACAAUGCAGGUAUAGAUCCUUUUGUACAAAACACAUUUGCUGGUAGUUGAACGAUAGUUUUUUCUUUGUCCAGAUACUGAAAUUGUUGUUCUACUGGUUACAUGACAUGUCUGGAAAUGUUACUGAUAGUUCCACCAAAUGCUUAGUUAGUUGCUUAAAAAAACCCCUAAUGUUUAUUUGCCUACUUUGACAAGUUAAGGCCUAUUACAUCUGCUUAUGUUUAAUAUGAUUCUGGGUCAUCAUUUAUUACUCUAAUGAAAACAAAGUGCAGCUUGUUUGAUUUAUCUUCUCAUAACUCUAUGAAUGAGUGUGCAUUGAUUCAGACGAUGCAAUACUGUUGUAUAAUUUAAUAAAAGCCUUAAUUCAA